AUGCCCAACAACCAAGUACCCAACUCCCCCACCUCCACCUCCUUCAGCGGCACAUUCUCCCCGGGAGCGACGGCCGCCAACACCGCAGCCAACGCCAACGCCAAGGACUCCUCUCCGUCCACCCCAGAGUCUCCCGUCAUGGGCCAGAGAGCCGACGGUAAGGAGCAGAGGCUCAUCGUCGUCUCCAACCGUCUGCCCGUCACGAUCAGCAAAGACGCCAAUGGCGAGUAUCACUUCAAAAUGUCCUCUGGCGGUCUCGUGUCUGCCUUGAGUGGCUGCAAAAAGAGCAUGAGCUUCAUCUGGAUCGGCUGGCCCGGAAAAGACAUCCCCAUGGCCGAUCGUGAACAUGUCAACCAGAGAUUGUUGGAAGAGUACAACUGCCUAGCUGUCUAUCUCUCUGACGAGCUCGCUGACCGUCACUACAAUGGCUUUUCCAACUCUAUCCUCUGGCCUCUUUUCCACUACCACCCCGGAGAGAUGAACUUUGACGCCGAAAACUGGCUCGCAUACCGUGAAGCCAACAUGCGUUUCGCCGAUACCGUCUCCAGCAUGGUCCAAGCCGGCGACAUGGUCUGGGUCCAAGACUACCACCUCAUGCUGCUCCCCAUGCUUCUUCGAUCGAUGAUCACUGGCGAGUCUGCGCAGGGCGAGAUGGUCAGGCAGGAGCUUGGGAGGGUGAAGGAGGGUGUGGACGAUUCGGUUGUGAAGGAGGUGUUGAAGAUGGACCCGGGAGUGUCGGAGGGUGUUGCGGAUGAGGGUGUGGAGUUGUUGGAUGAUGUAGAGGAGGAGGGCGGGGAAGCGACCCAUGCGCACGGCAAACCCCAUUUCUCCCGAGAUAUGAGUACUUUCCAGAAGCAGGAGGCUGUUGCCAAGGAGAAUGGCAAGGAAGGUGUUCGAAUUGGUUUCUUCUUGCACACCCCAUUCCCUUCCAGCGAAAUUUACCGUAUUCUCCCCGUCCGACGAGAAAUCCUCCUCGGUGUCCUCCAAUGUGACCUCAUCGGUUUCCACACCUACGACUACGCCCGCCACUUCCUCUCCUCCUGCACCCGUAUCCUCGGCCUCGAAACCCAGCCCAACGGUAUCGAAUUUGAAGGCCGCUACUGCCAAGUCGGCACCUUCCCCAUCGGUAUCGACCCCCACCAAUUCACUGAAGGCAUCCAAAAAGAAUCCAUCCGCAACCGUAUCAGGCAGAUGGAAGCCCGCUUUGAAGGGUGCAAAGUCAUCCUCGGUGUCGACCGAUUGGAUUACAUCAAGGGUAUCCCGCAGAAGCUGCAUGCGCUCGAAGUGUUUUUGACGCAGCAUCCGGAAUGGAUCGGCAAGGUUGUGUUGGUGCAGCUUGCUAUCCCGAGUAGGCAGGAUGUGGAAGAGUACCAAAACUUGCGGGCUUGUGUGAAUGAGCUCGUGGGCAGGAUCAAUGGCAGGUUUGGAACGGUGGAGAGUAUGCCGAUCCAUUUCAUGCACAAGAGUGUGCCGUUUGAGGAGUUGACGGCAAUGUAUGCAUUGUCGGAUGCUUGUCUUGUUACUUCUACGCGUGACGGUAUGAACUUGGUCGCAUACGAGUACAUCUCUUCUCAGGCGGAACGUAACGGAUCCAUGAUCCUCUCCGAAUUUGCCGGUGCCGCCCAGAGUUUGAACGGUUCCAUCCUCAUCAACCCUUGGGACGUCCAAUCCACCGCCGACGCCAUCCACCAAUCCCUCACUAUGGGUCCCGAGCAGAGGAGCAGCAACUGGCAAAAGCUCUACAACUAUGUUAGCAAGUAUACCGCCGAAGCUUGGGGUGUCGCUUUCGUCAAAGAACUCACGCGUCUUUCGGGCCAACGUCCUUCCGGCCCCGCUGUACCCGCCGGCCGCCGUAGGUCCAAUGGCUCGUCGAGCAGGACGAGCAGUAAAGCGUCUACCAAGAGGAGGAGCGUGGCGAGUGGUGUGCAGAGCUCUGGUCUUGUUUAA